CUUUAAUUCUUUGCUUGCGAAGUUCAGGUCUUGUGCGUGUUAAAGUUGGUACUAUGAUAGUGUUUGACUUUGAAGAAUGCUGUAAAUCAACGAUACUGAUAUUAAUUUGUUAUGAGAGAUGUGAUUCUGAGGAUAGUGAUAAUACUUGUAUUUUUAACAAACAUGUCAAUGGUUUUCGUAUGAAGUGACCUCAAGUGGUCCACGGGGCACCUACGAAGGUUCUCCCCUGCAUUUGGUGUUCUGCCCGUUCUUCAACCUAAAUUCUGUCCAUCUCUUUAUUUCUCAUAUUGUUCUACACCAAGCAUCUUUUAGGGCUUCUUCUUGUCUUCUUAGUAGGGGGCGCUGUUAUAAAAUAUCUUGUAUCAUGAAUAUUAGUUUCUACUCAAAUACCACACACAAAAUCUGAUGCUGUUAUUACAUGGUUGCCAUCUUUGUGAGGGUUUGUCAUUCGUACAGAACAAACAGGAAAGAUCUUCGAAAAACCAUGUGUGACACGAAAAAGCUGCGUAAGCCGACCCUUCCUCAUGGUUGGGUAGAAUAUCCCUCGAAGUCGCACCCAGACAGAAUUUACUACUUUAAUAUGUAUACAGGAAUGUCGUCUUGGACCUGCCCUCAACUUAAAGCUGAUGCAGACUCAAGUCACCCUACGUCCAAUAAAGAUAAAGAAAGAAAACAGGCUGAGUGUGUUCAAAGAGCUCCGGGCCAGUCUCCACUUACAAUUAGAAAACGACCACAUGUUACACCAGCUUCACCUACUUCUCCAUCAAACACUACUGCAUCGGUUUCUCCUUUUAGACGUUCUGUAAAACGUGGAAGUGAUGCUUUAGUUUCCAGCUCAAGUGACUAUCAAAGAAAACUUCCUUUUACCACUAAAAAACAUGAAAGUCCUAAUAGAGACAGCAAAAUAAAACUGAGCAGGUCUUCACCAAAGAAAUUAAAUUUUCCGUUAGAAAGAACAGAUAACACAAAAACUUCUCGAAAGAGAGCUUUUGAACCGACAGUGACAUCAUCACAAAGGUAUAAAACAGAAUGUGAAAAGAAAGACAGCAAAAACUCAUUGGUUAAGUAUCCAGAGAGAAAGAUCAUAAAGCUCGUGAAAAAAAGUAAUACUUCCUUAAAAAAAACUCGGUCUCCUUCCAAGUCAUGCAGUUUAUCGACAGGACCAUCAACCAGCAUGACCAGGAAAGGUGAGAACUGGUUUUACUGUUUGAUUUUACCAAACGUACACAAGUAAUCAACCAGCAUGACC